GCGCAUGUGCGACACGGUUCCCGCGAAAAUCGUAGCAGCAAAAAAACAAUCGCUGUCGCAUUUUUGUUGAAAGUCAGGGACAGUGGCUGUGAACGUUAACGUUUCGUCGUCAGGAUGAGUCUUUGGGUGGACAAGUACCGGCCGACUUCCCUGAAUAAACUGAGCUACCACACAGAACAGGCGGCACAGCUGAAAAGACUGGUGCAGAAUGGUGACUUCCCCCACCUGUUGGUGUUUGGUCCGUCGGGCGCCGGUAAGAAGACGCGGAUCACGUGUCUGCUGAGGGAGCUGUACGGGGCAGGGGUGGAGAAACUCAGGAUCGAACACCACAACUUCACGACCCCCUCCAAGAAAAAGAUUGAGAUCACCACAAUCGCCAGUAACUACCACAUAGAAGUGUGUCCAAGUGAUGCAGGUGUUCAGGACCGAGUUGUUGUCCAAGAACUCAUCAAGAUGGUGGCGCAGGCGCAGCAGCUGGACUCCUCAACACAGCGAGAGUUCAAAGUGGUCCUCCUGACGGAGGUGGACAGGCUGACGAAGGAUGCCCAGCAUGCCUUGCGGCGCACCAUGGAGAAGUAUGUGACGACCUGCCGCCUCAUCCUCUGCUGCGAGUCCACCAGCAAGGUCAUCCCCGCCAUCAGGAGCAGGUGUCUCGGGGUUCGAGUUCCGGCACCGUCAAACCAACAGAUCUGCAGUAUCCUCCAGACAGUGUGUAAGAAGGAGGGACUGACGCUGCCCCCGGAACUGGCCAAUAGAAUCGCUGACAAGUCCGGCCGGAAUCUCCGCAGGGCCAUCCUGAUGCUGGAGGCCUGCAAAGUGCAGCAGUACCCAUUCCGGCCCGACCAGCAGGUAGUUGAGGCAGACUGGGAAGUGUUCCUGAGAGAGACGGCUAACGCCAUCGUCAGCCAGCAGAGUCCCCGGAGAUUGCUGGAGGUGAGAGGUCGUCUGUACGAGCUGCUGACCCACUGCAUCCCUCCUGAUGUCAUCAUAAGGGGCCUGCUGACAGAGUUGAUUGACAGCUGUGAUGGACAGCUGAAGGCGGAGGUGACGCAGUGGGCGGCUUACUAUGAACAUCGGCUCCAGCUGGGCUCCAAGUCUAUCUACCACCUGGAGGCCUUCGUUGCCAAGUUCAUGUCUAUCUAUAAGAAGUUCUUGGAUGAAGGAAUGGCGGCCAUGAUGUUAUAAUCUCAAGGUCAUGGCAGCCAAACUACUGUACAUUGUGUCAAGGUCAUGGUGUCGAAAAAGUCUACUUUUGCAUUUUACAUAAUUCAUUCUUUACUUGUCCACAAAAAAUCACUAAUAAUAAGGCCCC